AUGACAGGACAUCGAGAUGUACAUGAAGAAUAUUUACGUCUACGAGGUCAAAUGUUAUAUGUACAUGAAUGGAAAGCAAUUAUUUAUUUAGCUACACCAGUUCUUGAAAAUCUAGAUGCUAUGUUUAAUACUGGUCUAUUUAUAAAUGAUCUAUCAAUGCAUGAUUCAAGUCGAGAUUUAGUAUUAGCUGGUACACAACAAAGUGCAGAACUUAAAUUAGCACUUGAUCAAGAAAAACAAAAAAGUAAAGCAUUAGAAGAUAGUAUGAAAAAAUUGGAUGCUGAAAUGAAAAAAACUGAUCUAUUAUUAUAUCAAAUGAUACCAAAGAAAAUUGCUGAUCGAUUACGAAGUGGAGAAAAAGCAGCUAGUCUUUGCGAGACAUUUGAAAGUUGUACAAUAUUAUUCAGUGAUGUUGUUGGUUUUACAACAAUAUGUGCAUCACUUACACCAAUGGAAGUUGUUUCUAUACUUAAUGAAAUGUAUACAAAAUUUGAUAAAUGUUUAGAAACACAUAAUUGUUAUAAAGUUGAAACAAUUGGUGAUGCUUAUAUGUUAGCUAGUGGUGUACCUGAACGUGCAAGAAAUCAUGCAUCAGAAAUUAUUGAUAUGGCAUUUGAUAUGCUUGAUUCAAUUGUUACAGUAACAAAUCCAACUAAUAAUGAAAAACUUAAAAUUCGUAUUGGUUGUCAUAGUGGUCCAGUAGUUGCUGGUAUAGCUGGUAUUAAAAUGCCACGUUAUUGUCUUUUUGGUGACACAGUUACAACAGCAAAUAAAUUAGAACAAACUAGUAGAGCAUUACAUAUUCAUGUUACUGAUUCAACAUAUCAAUUACUAGAUCGUAAAACAUAUGACGUUCAAGAACGUCCAAAAAUGACAAUAAAUGGCGCAUUAACAGUAACAACAUAUUUUAUAUUAAAUAAAAAAGAUCGUACAGGCAAAAUUAUAGUACGUCCAUUUCAAGCUGUAUUAAUUGAUAUGAAACGACAAGACGCUGAAGAAGCCAAAAUAAAACAAUCAAUGAAUCUUAAAAAUGCAAGUAUACAAAAUAUAGUUCAACCAGUACCAAAAGAAAAUGGUAUUAUUCAACCACCACAAACUCAAAAUGAUACAAAUUUUAUGCCAAUUGAAUCUAAUACAAUACCUACACCUGCUAUAAUACAUAAAGAUGUAGAUCCGACAGCACAUUUUGUACAACGUUCUUUAAUAAAACCUAAAUUAGCCGAUGAACAAUCACUUAAAGCAGCUGAAAGUAUUAUUGAACAAAAUAAUUCAUCAAAACUAUUUCAUAGACCACAUCGUAGUAGAGCAUGUGACCUUCUUUAA